AUGGAUUGGUGGGGACCCACCACCACUUCGCUUUCUGGAAAUCGAUAUGUUUUCGUUAUCACUGAUCGUUUAUCUGGUUAUGUUUUUGCUAAAGCAUCGCCUACAAAUACAGCUCAUGAUACUGUUCGUAUAUUAAUGGAAGAAAUUAUCUUAGUUCAUGGUUCACCCGACACAAUUAUUACUGAUCAAGGCACGCACUUCAAGAACGAACUCUUACAAGCUAUUUCACAUUUAGUUGGUUGUAAACACAUUUUUUCGACACCAUAUCAUCCACAAACAAAUGGACAAACUGAACGAUGGAAUUCGACAUUCGUAACACAAAUCGCCAAAUAUUGUAAUACUGAUCUAAAUAAUUGGGACACAUUUUUAUCAUCUAUCGUUUAUGCUUACAAUAAUGGUAUACAUAGCUCAACUGGACUUAGUCCAUAUUAA